AUGACGCUAAAUGAGGUGCUGACUGUAUGGAACGAAGAACCAGAGAAACACAAUGAACUAGAGCGGAAAGGAACUAGUUCGGUGGAAAAGAAGAAGAAGAAGAAGAAGAAGAAGAAGAAGAAGAAGAAGAAGAAGAAGAAGAAGAAGAAGAAGAAGAAGAAGAAGAAGAAGAAGAAGGAGAAGAAGAAGAAGAAGAAGAAGAAGAAGAAGGAGAAGAAGAAGAAGAAGAAGAAGAAGAAGAUCAACAUCCAGGGAGCCUAG